AUGUCAUCAGUAGCUGCAGAAAUUAAUCAAACAAUUACUGUAAAGAUCCAAAUAGCAGAUGAUACAGAAAAUGUCAUCGCUCUCAAUUUUCCUGAUAAUUUUAAUGUCGAAAAUUUGAAAGAAGAUGUUUCAAAAAAGUUUCUAAUCAAACCUGAAAAUCUGCUAGUAUUUCAAAACGAUGAAGAAAUUAAGAACAACCAUUUCUUGACUGAAUUGAAAUUAAAUGAUUUUGGAAUCAUUGAAAUCUUAUUAAAAUUAAAUGAUGUUGCUAUUGAAGAUGGUAUAAAAUUGGAUAACAGUGUAUAUUAUAGUAGUUUUACAUUGCCAGACAUUAUUACUGUUCAUGUUCCAUUCGAAGAUGAAAAUGGAUUACAAACCACAAAGGAUUUAGUCGUUGAAAUUGAGAAUAAAACUAUAAAGAAGCCAUUUUUGGGAGGAUUUUUUCAUAAGAAAACAAAAAUCGAAUAUCAUCAUGCAUUUACACAAACGGGACCAACAAUAGAUCAAAUUCAAAAAGUCAAGGAAGAAAAAUCAUCUCGUGAUACUCAAACUAUCGAAUUAAGACAAAUAUCGAUUGACACUAGCAAAGACGAAUCUACUCAAUACUUUGGAGAUGCUAAUGAAACUCUUUUUAUUACAACAACUACUGAUAAUGAGCUGAUGACUAACAAAGAUUUCGAGACAUUUGAAGAUUUACAGCUGCGCAUAAACAUGGUUGAAAAAGUCAAACUAAUCCAAAGAAACUUUCGUUUGUGUCGCUUGAAAAAAUGCAUAAGAGAAUGUGCAUCAGAGUUUCGCAGAAUUUCAGCCAUUAAGAAGAAGCAGGAGGAAAGAAUUAAACAGGAUUACAUUAAUGCAAACCGAAAAUCAGAAAAUUUUCCUCGUACUAAAAAAGAUUUUGACGUUCUGUUUUCUCAAAUUGCGACAUGGAAAGAAACAGAAACCAAAAGAAUUUCUAAGGAAUUUACAGGCCCAACUCGAGUCAUUGAGAUACAGGCUUUAUUAGAGAAGGAGAUUCAACUGCUGAAUGGGAUUGAAAAGAGAAGGCUUGAGAUACAGGAAGAAAUUCAAGCAGCAAGGCAAGAUCGAAUUUUAAAGCAAUGUGGUGAGCCUGUAAAGUGGAUUGGAUAUCGAAAUACGUUGAUUGAAAUGGACACAAUAAGAACACAGCGAGCUAGAAAAUUGACGGAAUUAUUUGCAUUACUUCGACAGCCAAUGAAGAACCUAGAUGAUCGUUUACGGUUAUUAAAUGACAUAAGUGAAGCACUUUGUAAUGAAAAUACGAGUCGAAUAAUUGAAUUAGAAAAUUUAUUCGAACGUGAACGGGAAUUGCUUAGAUGUAAAGUCAGCGACGAUACUUUGAAGAUUUUAAGAGAACGUCAGCUUGUCGUUUUUCUGGAUGUCAUUAAGGAUGAUGAGUAUAAUAAAUCGAAAAAGUCAAUUACUCAUAUUUGCGAGAAAUGCAAAGCAGUAUUGCCAGUGAAAAACUUUGCUAUGCAUUCAAAGCAAAAAUAUUAUGAUCUAUGCCAGAAAUGUGCAAGCUUAAAAUCAUCCAAAACUGACCUAAGUGUAUAUCGAGCUAUUUUGCGAGGCAUUCAACGAGAUGAACGUAAGCGUGGCGCAUUCUCAUCGUUUGCAUUCAUCAUUCAAGAGACAGAUGUGAGACACAUAAUUGAGAAUAUUUGGCAUGGAAUAUCUAUAUUAAGUCAAUGUAAUGUAACAUCCGACUUGCGACUUUGUCGAUGGAAUAUUGAUGAAGAAUGGUCACCAUGGAAUUGCAUUUGUCUCACCGAUACAGAAGCUCGAAUUCAUGUUAAGUGCUGCAAUCUUGAAUCUAUUUAUGGUGAGAAAAUCAUGGCUGAAUGUCGUUCACGACAUUCUCUAGCUAAGUCAACAUAUAAGCAUUUGAAAAAAAUAGAUAGCUCAUUUGUUGAGUCAGGCAACUGGCAUGAGUGUGGAAUAAACGAUAAAAUUGUUUAAAUGUAUAUAAAUUUAUCCAAGGCGUGGACACUCAAAAAUAUGCUGGGAUUAUUCAGGAUUAUUUGG